AUGAUGUUCAAGGCAAUACUGAGAAUGCUGGGCUUCGGGCUCGUGGCGCUUUGUUGCGUCAGAGCCGAUAUUCUGAAGCCCGACGCGGACUAUCGAGACUUCUACCAUUUCCAACUUUCCAACGGGAUGCAAUGUCUUGCUAUUCACCACCCGAAGACAACAGAAGCGGCGUAUUCUGUUGCCGUCAACACCGGUAGCUUAUAUGAUCCCCAGGACUUACCUGGGCUCGCGCACUUUUUGGAGCACAUGCUGUUUCUUGGGACUGAGAAACAUCCGGAGCCGGACAGUUACGACAGUUUCAUGACCGAGCACGGGGGGCAAAACAACGCGUACACGGACGAAGAGAGAACAGUGUUUUUUAACCAAGUCUCCGAUAACUCGUUAGAGGAGGCCCUUGACAGGUUUUCCCAGUUUUUCAAAGCCCCGCUGUUCAACCGAGACUACGAAGAACGUGAAGUGCAUGCAGUCAACUCGGAACACGAGAAAAACAUCCCUAACAAUGAGGAGAGGGCCUGGUUCACAAUCCGCUCUCUGGCAAAGGGACCCCUCUCCAGGUUUGCAACGGGGAACCUGGAGACGCUGAGCACCGUGCCAAGGCAAAGGGGGACUGACGUAGUCGGCCGUCUAAAAGACUUCCACAGGAAGUUUUACUGCGCGGUGAACAUGGCUGUCGUCGUCAUGUCACCACGGCCGCUUCCAGAAGUAGAGUCACUUCUGAGGAAAAGCUUCGAGGACGUGUCCGCUGGAAACGCGAAUUUUCUUGGGAUUGACCAGUGUCCGGGGGACGAUUACGACAAAACUCCGCCAUUUGACGCCUCAAAUACUGGAAAAUUCAUCCACAUGCAAAGCGUGGGAGUGGAACCGUCCCUCUGGGUUGCCUUUAGUCUUCCUCCCACGAUUACUUCCUACAAGAAACAACCGACGGCUAUUCUCACGUACCUAUUCGAGUAUGACGGAGAAGGGUCGUUGUCAGAGCUCCUACGCAACAUGGGUCUCGCGGACGAAGUUUCCGUGGUCGUCGAUAGAACAUCACUGAACACGCUGUUUGCAAUCAAGGUUGAUCUAACCACGAAGGGCGCAUGUGAGAGGGGAACCGUGCUGCAGGAGGUUUACAAAUACAUCAACAUGCUGAGGAAUCAAGGCGUCAACCCACAGAUGGUAUCGUCGAUAGCUGCUCAGUCACGAGUUGACUUUCAUGCUUCUCAACCAUCUGCUUCCGAAAUGAACGAAGCAGCUCGACUGGCGCACAAUCUACUCGCUUACGAGCCUUAUCACGUGCUGGCUGCAGACACUCUGCUAGUUGAUCCAGAUGCCAGAUUUGUCAACCGACUGCUUGCCCGAAUGAGCCCACACCAAGCAAUAAUAGCCUUCGCAGAUCCCCAGUUCAAGCAGAAUGCGGAAUCCUAUGAUGUGGAACCUUUCUAUGGAGUUGAGCACAAAGUGUCUCAGCUGAGUUCCGAACAGCUAAACGCACUCGAGAAUAUGACCCCGGGCAUUCAUUACCGCGAGCCUCCAGCUCUAAAGCAUGUACCUGGGCCAGAUGACCUCAUCAUGCGACCUAACAUUUCCGGCAUGUCGGUUCCGGAGCUCUUGGGUGAGGAGACCGGGGAUGGAGGUCAUGCGAUUUGGUGGCAGGGCCAAGGCACUGUUUCAGUGCCACGAGUGCAUGUCAACAUAAAAGCUCGGACAUCGCGGAGCCACACGGACAUGAAAUCGAGAACUCAGCUGGCUGUACUGAUGGCCACACUUAGAGAGCAAUUAGACGAGACUACGGUCGACAUGAGGCAGUGCGGUAUUUCCCACAGUCUGGAGGUCUCUGGCGACGGCUUUGACAUGGGCUUUGCUGCUUACACGCCCCAGCAACUCUAUGAAGUGAUGGCUGCAGUCUCGUCAAAGCUUAAGAAACCGCAAGUGGAACAGGAACGUUUCGACCGUGUCAAACAGAGACUGAUUGAAGAGCUGGAAGAUCCCGCUUCCAAAAUGGCGUACGAGCACGCUAUAGAAGCUGCCGCUGUGCUGCUCAAGAACAACGCGAACAGCCGAAAGGAUCUGCUUCGCCUGCUGAAAAGCGAAUCUGCAUCGCUGGACAAUACACUUGAAGCCUUCCGUGACCUCAAACUAGUCCACGCAGAUGCAUUUGUUAUGGGCAACAUUGAUAGAGCGGAUGCCAAGGAGGCUGUCCAACUGUUUCUACAAAACUCUGGAUUCCUGCAUAUACCUAUGAAAGAAGCUGCAAGGUCCCUCGUUAUUGAGCAAAAAUCACCGAUAGAGGCCGUUGUUUCCAACCCCAUCCGGAACGACGUGAACCACGCCACUCUGGUCCACUAUCAGCUUGGCGUCCCGUCGAUCGAGGAAAGGGUUAAUCUUGCUGUUCUAGGUCGAAUGCUGAACCGACGUCUGUUUGAUCGUCUUCGAACGGAAGAGCAGCUGGGCUACAUCGUUGGCGCCAAGCCGUACAUCGACUCGUCAGUUGAAAGCAUGAGCUGCAUUUUGCAGGGGUCCAAGAAGCAUCCGGACGAUGUUGCCGAUCUCAUUGAGGAAGAAGUUCGAGCGAUGGAAGAACACAUCCGGUCAAUGCCAGAUGCAGAACUCAAUCAUUGGAAAGAUGCAACUCGAGCUGAGCUUGCGAAACCUGUCGCAACUUUCGUCGAAGAGUUCGGCAGGUCGUGGAGUCAGAUAGCGAACCACGGGCAUUGCUUCAAUAAGCACGACCUCGAGCUGAAGUACUUAAACUCAAAUUUCAACCGAAAGCAGCUCACCCGGACAUAUGCCAAACUGCUCACCCCCACAGGCCGGCUUGUAAGAUCCUUGUCAUUAGCAGUCGAACUCCGCCCAGUCAAAUGGACGCUGGCGCCAGGUGGUCAAGGUGGUGGCGAAUCUGCAACCUGGUAG